CGGGGGAGCUGGCUGGGCACUGGGGAGUAGGGAAGGCCAAAGGCAGCGGAUGGGCAGGCCCAUGACUUUCCUAGACUCCCAGCUCUGCAGGGCAGCAUUCCUGGCCACCAUCCUGCUGCUGCUGCGGGUCAAGGGAGUGAAGCCUCAGAAAGGCAGCCUGGACCCCAACGAGAGGAGUCAGAAUGAGAAGAUACCCUCUACAGACCAGGAUCAAGAGCACUUUGAAGAGCACUUUGUGGCCUCCUCAGUGGGUGAGAUGUGGCAGAUUGUGGACAUGGCCCAGCAGGAAGAUGACAAGACAUCAAACACUGCAGCUCUUCGUGACCACCUGUUGGACCUAGCCUUCUGCUUCAAUCUGGCCAGCAUCAUGGUUUUUUUAUGAGGGACAUUGAGGCUGAAGUGGUGGCCUGGUUCCUGGAUGAGGACCUGGAUAUCUACCUCCGCUUCAUGAUAGCUUACUGACCCUCUCUCCUCACUGGGCUCCAGGUCACUGCUCCCACGGGAGGCAUAUGCAUGGCUUCCUGCCUCUGGCCAGUGGCUCUUCACCUCAGGAUGCAGCAUCCGAGAGAUCCUGGUGCUGGCCUUCCAACCACCCAUCGCCACAGCCUCACUGCCUCCCCACCCUCUGAGCUCCAUCUCCCAGGUCCUGAGACACCAGGCCCUUGCACUUCUCUCUCCCACACCUCUCCUGGCUCUGCUCGGGAGAGCACAUUAGGGCAAGGGGGCAGCAACAAUCAAAGUAAUAACAGUAAAAUCCUG